CGCCGUAACGCCGGGCCAAGUUCGCGCCCGCCGGUAGUACGGCAGCAGGAGCAGCUGAGAGGGACUCGCCUCCGAAACGCCGUCUACAGAGACCUCCUACUCCACCGGGUCUCGUGUGUACGGCACCUCGGCUGCCGCCUCGUCGGAACAAUCGCCGGUCGCUCGUCGACCAAGCUUGCGCGCGCCAAGUGAGUGACGACGGUACGCCGAGACUGCCAGCUGUCGUGGUGAAAGACGACAAGAAUCGGAAGAAGAAGCGCAAGAGUUUUUUUUUUUCCCCUUACUCGAGUCUCGCGAACGCCGGUGAUCGGCGCCAUGUUGGCCGGGCUGCUGAGCGGAUCGAUGCCCGGAGUCCGGCCGUCGUGUUCUUCGCCGCAGCAGCGCCGGCAGCCCGGGCCGUGCCGGAGCCCGCGCCGACGCCGGGCGUGGUUUGCCGUCGCCGCGCGCCGCUGACCGAAAGGGGGGGUCUCUCAGUGUGUCGCCGCGAUCAACGCGCAAGGCGCCGAAGACGAUGAACGAAACUUCGGCGCUGUGCCGAGCGGCGGCCAACGGCACGGCCAGUCCCCGGGCCCUGGCCUCCCUGGUGCCGGCAAACUGCAGCGCUCCUGUCACGGUCGCCGAAGAGCCCUUCUUCACCAGCCACCCGGAGUUCGUGGUCGAGUUCUCCAAACUCCUCUACGGUCUCGUCUGCCUCGUCGGGCUGUGCGGCAACUCGCUCGUCCUCUACGUUGUGCUCCGCUUCUCCAAGAUGCAGACCGUCACCAACAUGUACAUCUUCAACCUCGCGCUGGCCGACGAGAUGUUCCUGGUCGGGCUGCCCUUCUUCAUCGCCACCAUGGUGUUCAAGUACUGGCCGUUCGGCCAUGCCAUGUGCAAGGUGUACAUGACCACCACGUCCAUCAACCAGUUCACCUCGAGUCUACUGCUGACCGUCAUGUCCGCUGACCGCUACGUGGCCGUUUGCCACCCCAUCUCGUCGCCGCGGUAUCGGACUCCCUUCAUCGCCAAGUUUGUCUGCCUGACGGCGUGGACAGUGUCCGCGCUACUCAUGGUGCCCGUGUACAUGUACGCGAGGGUGGUGGACGCCGGACACGCGGACGCCGGCCCCGUGCCGUCCUGCACCAUCGACUGGCCCGAGUCGGGCAUGAUGAACGGCCAGGCGGCCUUCACGCUCUACUCCUUCACGCUGGGCUUCGCCAUACCGCUGCUGCUGAUCCUGUUGUUCUACGUGCUCGUGAUCCUGCGUCUGAGUCGCGUCGGUCCGCGCUCGCGGCACCGCGCGAAGCACCGCAAGGUCACCUACCUCGUGCUCACCGUCAUCACCGUCUACGUCAUCUGCUGGCUGCCCUACUGGGCCGGACAGCUGUACAUCAGCUGCGUGGGCGCCACGCAGGCCACCGCGUUCACGGUCACCGUGUUCCUGCUCAGCCAGCUACUGUCGUACGCAAACUCGGCCGUCAAUCCCAUCCUGUACGCCUUCCUCAGCGACAACUUCAAGAAGUCCUUCGCCAAGGCGUUCUCCUGCGUCGCCGUAACGGCUGCACACGGUUCCGGCCGCGGCCGGGAACAGCCGCAGGAGGACAGUAUGUUCCCGCGUUCAUCGGCGGCUCCCGGAGGAGGAGGAACCGGAAACACCCAGACGGGAGCCAGCAAAUGUGGUGACGACGAAGGCAGCAGCCGGCGUUCGUCCGAAGGCGGCGGCGGAGGAGGGCGCCGGCGUCGGCGCCGCAGGCGGCGCCUCCUGUCUGCCGGACCGUGCUGCAGCGAGCGUCCCACGAGCACGACGACGGCGGGCGCCGCGGCGCUGCUGCUCAACGAGCCGUCGACCACCAACACGGUGGCCAGCGCGAGGAACGCCAACGGCGCCGGCCAGGGGGCGUCCGGGGCAGGGAGCGCCCUGCAGGAACAGGGCGAACAAGCAGCCGAGCAUCUGCUACUGGGCCCGCUGGUCGACGUGCCCCACUAAGACGAGAUCCCGACCCCAUCCGUCCCCCUUUACUUGAAAGUCACAAAUCGGCUCACCAUCACGUGACUCGUGGUGAGGAAGCACGCCCACUCUUUCAAGAAGAGCAACCUCAACUCCCGCAACUCGACGUUGGCGUCACACAGAACAAGCCAAUCCUCGCCUCCAAGCUGCAGCGAGGCGACCAUGUCGUGUCGACCCGAAACGAUGAACCCUCGCCUCCUCUGUCGACCCCGACACGCUGCUCAAACACAGACGGAGAGCUCAACGCGACCACCACGACUGUGACCAAGCAAAAGCGGAAACACGCUGUACACGGAGACCGCGCUUGCGCGAAGAAAUUGCGGAAGACCUGUCGUUUUGGAACUUUCUUUUUUUUUUGUGUGUGUUUGUACAGAACGGCGCCGUGGCUUCUCGAGUCGACACGCCGGUUAGGCCUAACCGCGCGGCGCCGCGGCAGACGACGGCGUCGUAACAAGCGUCCGAAAAACCACGUGAUCUGUGAAGUGACGACCCACUCAGCGACCGGAGUGUGUUCGACGCGCCAAAUUGGGCUCAGGGUUUCGUGAAUCUUAGACAGUGGUGCGGUUCUUUGUUUUUUUUUUUUUUUUCAGCAAGUCAUGCGACGCAGCGUGGUCUCCUUCCGAACACUGCGUUGCGCCCUUGUGUACCUCAGGACGGGUCAUGAGCAGACGACAUUGAACUGCCCACGGUGUUCUCGCAGAGGCAAUCGCCUUCAACACACCUAAAUCAUUUUCUUUUUCGGCUGUGUCUAUAUAUGGUUCGAAGGCUUGUGUCUUUCAGCUUUGAGACCGUGAUUAAGACCGACGGGUGGCGACCCACCGUCGCGCCCUGCAAGCUCACGAGCAUCGCGCGUGCUACUGUAGGCAGACCUGAGCGACAUAUAUAGGCUUUCUUUUUCUUUUUGUCUUGAAGAGCAGCGAUGCGUACCUGAGACAAAACUGCGCAAUCCACUUCUCUGACGACGUUAUACGCCGCGACGAUCGCAACCUCGUAGCUUUUUUCUGUUUGUGCGAUUCGCGAGGAAAAGCGAUGUCGAUUCACAGUAUUACUUACACAUGCCUCGGGCUUUCCUCUCUAGCAGAAUGCCACGAUGUUGUAGCGUUCGCCACUUUUUCACGCCGAUUGCGUUUUCCCCGGUCACAAAACUUUGCGGGCUCUCUAUACAUAGUUGACACCGCUUUGACUCGUCCUACACGUUCGUCUUUUGUACAUAACCCUGUACCGGCUUUCUUUUCUUUCUUCUUGGUCUCGUAAAUCUUCUUGACGGUACGAGCGCUCUGCUUACUUGAACGAUCGCGUGUCAUGUCUGUUGUACGCGGAGACGGGAGGUCCUUCGACUUCUCCGCCACCAACCAACCACCCCAUGACACGCUGCAAACGUUUGUCUGUGGCGUUACGUUUCGCAUCUUUUUAACGCGAUAGCGUUUAGGGCCCCGUGUCGCAGAAAAUUCGGCGUCGGCAACCGGCGUGCGAUCGCGCGUGGCGGAGAAAAUCAUCCAACCACAUCGACCGCGCAGGCCCUCUACGUGGUGCAAGGUUUUGGUGAACAAAAAUUG